CUCCACCAGCUGCAUUUGCUUUCAUUUCCUCUGUUUUUCCGGCUGAUUUGACAAUUCGUGCUUCCUGUUUUCCGUACUUCUGACGUCAUUUCCACAAGAUACCGGAAGUGUGAGUUGGCUGGUCGGGAGAAAUCGCCAUGUCUGCCAUAUUUAAUUUCCAGAGUCUGUUGACGGUUAUUUUACUGCUCAUCUGCACCUGUGCAUAUAUUCGAGCACUUGCUCCCAGUCUACUGGAUAAGAACAAAACAGGUUUCCUUGGAAUAUUCUGGAAAUGUGCAAGAAUAGGAGAGCGUAAAAGCCCAUAUGUGGCAUGUUGCUGUAUCAUCAUGGCCUUCACGAUUUUAUUUUCAGAGUAGCGUCAGAAAUAUCUGAGGAUUUGGAAGAUCUGAGAGAUGAAAAACAGCUACAAGAUUUUACGACAGGAAACAAGAUGUGAUUUGUCAACAUUCCGACUCUCUUAGGCAGAACUGGGGUUCUGUUGAAGCACAGUAGUAAUGCAUAUGGAGUGCUCUUGAAGCAUUUCUCAGCCUCCUGGACCUAUUUUUGUAAAUACAAAUUGUUGUCAGUCUCCUUAGUAGAAGGGUAGUGUUCCUGUAGUCACUGACUCAGCACUUGUGAUGUAAGGAAAUGUUUAGGGGCAUCACAGGGGCCGAAAUGCUUUUAAUAUGAAACAUUAGGUACAAAUGUGUUGCACAUACAUGUGCCUGAUAUCGUGCUUCUAAAAUCAUUCAUUUGAAUAUGUUGGCUCUGUUUUAAAUGAAAAUGUUUGCAUUAAAAGAGGAAUUUAUUACAGAAAGCUUUUCCAUGCAAUUUAAAUACUGUUUUUUGUGAAAUUUCUGUAUAAAAAAAUGUAUAUUAGAGAUGCACAGGUAUAGACAUUUCGGCUGAUACCAACAGCUGAUUUUUUUUUUUGUUAUGGCUGAUAACAAUGGCUGAUUUGUAUAAAUCCAUACUUAUUUUUUAACACUAGAGCUCCAGUGUAGAUUAUUAUAAUUUUUUAAAUAAGGCAUUGAAAUAUUUAAUGUACAGUAGAAAAGAUGGAAAACUAUUUAGUGUUUUUGAAACCUGGCAUCGAUAAAGACUUCGAAUUGAUAAAAAUAUGCACUGAU